AAAGUGUCACAACCCAACAGGCGAGAGCGUAGAGAUCCACCUCGGAGUGCGCAGAGUUCCACAGGAGGGGGAAAUCAAAGCGAGGACCGUCACUGUCACCUGCACGCGCGUCGCAGGCGUCUCGACACGCGCACGCGCCGCUGUGCCAUCAUACGGGGGAGGACACAUCCGCACCGCCCGGUUUUCGUGCCCUCUGAGGGCGCACUCGUUUCACGGCGCAGUGUUCCCCCUGACCGCCGGAGAGUUUGGACCUGAGCCGCAGCACCGCGCAGAAACCAGUGAUCGGACCCCGAGUGUGUUGAGUGAAGAUGGUUCCUUUGCUGAUCUGUGCUUUGGUCUCCCUGAGUGUUGCAGAAAGUAAUUUAGACAUUCUGUACCCUGAGCUGGAGCACUCCAGAACCAUCUAUGUCACAGAAAAUGGACCUAAACUCAAUGUGGUAGCCGAACAAGCCAAGAUAGUGUCGAGGCGAGGGGGAAAUGUAACUUUCCCAUGCCAGAUUCAAAGGGACCAGCAACUGCCACCCAGUCGCAAGAUGAGGAUCAAGUGGACUAAACUGACUUCAGACUAUCUGAAAGAGGUGGAUGUCUUUGUGUCCAUGGGUUAUCAUAAAAAAAGUUACGGGAGUUUCCACGGACGUGUCCACCUUCAAAGCUCUUCUCCGAUGGAUGCCUCCCUGGUGAUGACAGAUAUCACGUUAGACGAUUACGGCAGAUAUAAAUGUGAAGUGAUUGAUGGUCUGGAGGAUGAUACAGUGGUGGUGUCCCUAGAACUUGAAGGUGUUGUCUUCCCCUACUUUCCCCGCCUGGGCCGCUACAACCUUAAUUUUUACGAUGCUGAGCGGGCAUGUCGAGACCAGGAUGCUGUCGUUGCCUCUUUUGACCAGCUGUAUGACGCAUGGCGAGGAGGGAUGGACUGGUGCAACGCCGGGUGGCUGAGUGAUGGCUCGGUCCAGUACCCCAUCAGCACCCCCAGAGAACCCUGUGGAGGGAAGAACACAGUGCCAGGCAUUCGCAACUAUGGCCUGAGAGACAAGGACAAGAGUCACUAUGAUGUGUUCUGCUUCACUUCCUUCCACAAAGGUAAAUUCUACUACCUGAUCCACCCGUCUAAGCUUACCUACGACGAGGCUGUGAGGGCUUGUCAGAAAGAUGGGGCUCAAAUCGCUAAGGUGGGCCAAAUGUUUGCUGCCUGGAAGCUGAAUAAGUAUGAUCGCUGUGACGCUGGCUGGUUGGCGGAUGCCAGUGUCCGUUAUCCCAUCUAUCAUCCGAGACGACGCUGCAGUCCCACUGAAGCUGCUGUGAGGUUCAGUGGCUUCCCCGACAAGAAGCACAAGCUGUACGGAGUGUACUGCUACAAGGAAAACAACUAGGCUGUUGUUUUAGGCUGUUGGUAUCCUGCAAACACAUACAGAUCACAAGCAUGUACAAACAGAGGUUAAGGAACACUCUCAAGGAAUUAAAAUACAUAGAAAAUGGAAUUCUAAUGUAUGGACGAGUGCAUUUUACCUAUGAUGCUUUAAGUCAUGGAAUAUUUAAGACAUUGUUGCAUUCUUAUUUGGGAUAUAUUUUACCCAUAUAUCAGACAUAUUAUGUAAUUAAUGCCUUUAACAAUUUGGGUGGGUUGAUGUACGUGGGUGAGAUUUGGAAAUACAAUAGUUAAUAUAAUAAUGUCAAGAAUUCAAGAAUGGGGACAAAUCAUUUCAAGAAAACUAAAGGUAGCAAAAUCUUUCAUGGUUGGACCGAAACAUUAGGCACUUAUCUUGUUUUUGGUCACAUCGUGAAACCACCAAAUAAGAAAGCUCAGCCUCUGUGAAGCUUGUUGGACAGGACUAGUUAGCAAAACUGAACUGUUCCUUACUGUCCCCUCUCAACAAGGUGCUAUAACUGGUACUUUGUACUGCAUUCUACCGUACAGUAUGUCAUGUUUUUGUACAAAUGCAUUGGACCAAACUUCAGUGUUGUCAACCAAAAAAGGGAUAUAGGAACAUCUAGCUGUUAGCAACAUGCUUUCGAGAUAUGUAGAAUGUCAUAACCUUACAAAUGUAUUUGUGUUAUUAUUUUUUAUAUACCGUGGAAAGGUUUAUUUUUGUCUCUCUGCCCAAAUUAUCAGUAUCCUCUUAGUUUACAUAAAACAUAUUCCAGCAUUAGUAGGGGGGGGGGGGGGGGUGUUCUUUGCACUGAACAGAUGACAAUAUCCCAUCACUAUGGUGGAUGACAUAAACAGCAGUUUUCUCUUAGCAAUAUAACAGAACGCUUGGCAUUAAAACAAAACAGUAUUGCUAGUAUUGCUUAGGUCACUUAUAGGGUGACAUAGGGAUUUUUGGCUGUUAUUGCAUUUAGCUUCAUAGCUUGUCGUGGGUACAAGCACACAGCAAAGCAGAUUUGAGAAGGUCUACUCUCACCACCUUCAUCAUCAUCAUCUUGUCGACGUCUCGAUAAACUCCUAUUUUUGAUACUGUUGCUGGGUUUAAGUUGAAUGAGCACAACAGACCUUAUGUCUGCUUAUUAUUGUAUUCCUUUGUACAAAACUUCUCAAUCCUUUCAGCAUAGCCCAUUCUAAAAAAUAAAAUAAAAUGAGUUAAUUACAUGUUAAUCCGCUGACUUUUUACUUUUUUCCUGGGAGAUAAAUUUUGUUUCUGUAGGUUUCUGUCCACCAGACUGCAGCAUGGUGUUUGCUGUAUUCCACCAUUUAAGUCAAAGGAUUUUCCUGCUUUAAUGCUCCCUGAGGUUGGGAUUUUUGAGUCAGUUGUUGGUUGUGUUGAUCUGUAGUCACAAAACAAUUAUCAUAAUCAUUUCAUCAAUGGGAUUCCACGUGAUAAAAUAAAUUGUUUAGAGUUGCACAGCAGCACAACAGCCGCAGCAACGAGUCACAAGGUGUCAUAAACUAGCAUUACGAAUGACAGCUAACAUAGUUAAUAGUUAACACAGCAUCUCUAAUGGUGUGUUGUGGACCCAAAUGCAGGAAUAAGCUAGGUUACUGGAAUAUAAACAGAAUAAAAAGUUUUUCAAAACAAAAAGUCCCCAAUUUACAGGAGUCAAGGAAAUUAUAAACAAGUGCUGGAGCUGUGCUAUAGCUAUAGCUAUUGCUAUAGCUGGAGAAAAAAGCCUCCAGGGUUAGCUGACCAGCGGUUUAUUAACAACAAGCAUCAGCUGAGGUGAAAUCAGGGAGAUGGGGACAAUAAAGGGGAAAAAACUGGAAAGAAAGAUAAACACGAAGGGAAACACAUGAAACAGUAACUAGACUCAACAGGCGGAUAAACAAAUAGAAAUAAAGCAGAGGAACCUUAAAACAGAACACCGGAGUAACAAAAGCAAGCCAAAACCCCAUAAAAAAAUAACUGUGAAACCUGGAUUUAUCAUCAAUUAAACUUUCUGACAGUUGUGUUCAUCCAGGUCUUGAGGCUCAACCUAUGUUCAUUUGAGAGUCAAAAGGAAAAUACCAAAAUACAUGAACAAAAUGAAGCGAUUCAUUGAAUCUAAUUUAACGAUUAUUUGAAGCAAAAACAGAAUUAUAUAUUUUUUGCUGGUUUUUGGUGCUCAUAACAAUGAGAAAUUCUGCUCAACAUGAUGUCUUUCUAUUUUCUUUUUUUGCAAGUGAUACCUUCUGUUUUUAUCUGUCAACAACAGUUGAGGGAUAACAAUAAAAUCAAAAUAUGGUCUGAAAGCUUGUAACCUAUUCCCUGGACAUCAGGUGAAAAUCAAAAUUACAGAUGAAAUUAAAGAACAAAGAUUUGUUGACAAAAUGUUGGAAUGAUGCAUAAACAGCCGGGGUCAUACAUAACAGUCUGGCAGAUUUCCUGCCAUUAAGUGGCUUCUAAAAUGAUAUCUAAGUUCCCCAAGACAGUGUUGAAGGCGUCGCUCAGUCUCCAAGCUUGCUGAUGGAAUACUGUGGGCCAGUAGCCCACCUGUACCUGCCCGCUGCACUAGAAAGAAAUGCAAUCCUUUUACAAUGCCAGUCAUUUCUGCAUCGAGGCAGUAAAAUGAGGACAUUCUGUAGUCACAGGUGCAUCCUGGCACACAUAUGGGUUUAGGUGACCGAGCUGUGGCUCCAUUUUCUGUGGCUUCAACCUUGACAAAUCCCUGAAUAAUGGUCCUGCUCCGUUUAUUACAGAGGAACUGCUGCAUAGCCUCAUAGAAUAGUCCUUUUCAUUACUGGUACUUAUAAUUAUGGGAAGGUUAACAGCUGUGAGCUGCUUCCUGCGAUGCUCUGAAACCGACACAUUAUGUCGUACCUCUCUGAUCUGCGGCAACAUCUCGAUUCACGCUACCAGUGGUCCAAUUCAUUUUAGUUGCAUAGAUAGAAAAAACAGCUAUAAAACAUGAUACGAUUCACCCCUCUAUCACGAUGCAGCGUGAAUCCAUCCGUGGUUGUAGGCUUAACCAAGCAAUGGCUCCAUACAGUUCAAUCCGACAUGAUGGAACAGUUAACCGUAUAUGUUGUCGGUAAAGUCAUCUGGCUUUAUCAUUCUUUGAAUUACCUUCUAGUUACUACCAAUUAGCUCACAUUACACAGUAGGAUUAACCCCGUAAGCCUAACUCAUACCUCAGUCUGCUCGACUGCAAAGACAAUAAGGUAAAUUCCAACAUCUGACUGCCCCACUAGAAUCUGCUAGGACUGUCUAUGGACGGCUCCACGCUGCCCAGAUUAUUACGACUGUGCACGCCAACAAUGACAGUAAUAGUCUCAGUCAGAGGGGGGCACCAAAACACAGUAGAGAAGCCUUGUUUUGUAAGAAAAAUGCAGUGAGGAGGGAUCUGCUGUUUUCCCAGUGUGAAUAAUUUCUCUCUCAGGGACAAGGAUCCAGAAACUGCAUUGAUAUUCUGGAUAUCAUUCACUGUUCUUGUCUUCCUCUCCUCCUCUGAGUAGACAGUGUAUAUGCAAUACAUGCAAGUGGCUAAGAUGCUUUAGAAAACUGUGACUCAUGAAGGAACGCAAUUGUGGAAUUUUCUUCAUUCACCAGGGAUUUUCCUUGGAUCCUGUAGAGAAAAAGGAAACCAGUAAGACCUAAAGGCAACAAAAUACGGCAUAAACCUUGACUCCUUCUUAAUGUGCUCAUCAUCACCAAGUAAGAUGACAACUAAUGAGACAGAGAUUGCAGCAGAACAUUUAAAAAGAAAAGAAAACAGCUGACGUUGCCUAGAGGCAGGCUGUAUUUGACUUCCCACUGGCUGUUUGCAGAUGUAUGGUUCCUGAGUAAUGCAGUAAUGCACCUCAUAUGUUUCCAUAAGGAGGGGUCCGACUUACACAAAACACAGAGCCGAUUCAUGUCGCUCCGUACAAUUGGUCCUGUAACUGAAGGGCAGCUUUCUGCCACAGUAAAGGUUUCUUUACUGAGCCAGAUGAGCUCACACAAACGACCGAUAGAGUGUUUUAAUCAGCAGAGUCAUGCUUUUUACAACCCUGGUUCUCAGUCUGAAAGAUUGUAUGAAAUAGCACAGCAAAAAUAACGAUUACGUCAACCUCGAAAUCCAGAUUACAUCAUGUGCUUAGUUACUUUUCUCUAAAGCAUCGGUAUAAUAUACAAUGUCAUCUGUAAAAGGUUUUUUUCUCUCUUUUUUAAGUUCAACUAUCUUUUAUUUUCUUGUUAAUUAUUGGCAUUGUAAUUUAAUAGCAAACAAUAAAAAGAUAACUGGAAAACAUG